CAAAGGUGCCAUAAACCUUUCCGCUGCAGCCGUUUCCCCCAUAACACGUUUUCUCAGCUCGCUGUAACGCGAUGAAUCGCGGAGCCUUGUACGAGUCUGAGGACGAUGACGACGAAGAAGAAGACGACGACAUCGGCGAAGAUCUCGAAGACUUAAGACGCGCCUGUAUUGUCCCCGAGUCCAAUUCCGAUGAUGUUAUUGCAAAAUCCGGUGAAGGAGGCGGCGGCGGCGGCGGGGGAGAGAUACCUUCGGAUUCCGAGAACGAAGACGACUUCGAGAUGCUUCGGAACCUCAAGAGCCAAUUAGCUUCGUCGACGGGUCCUCCCGUGGGUUUACCACUGCCUUCAGAUUCGGAGAGUGAUGACGACUUCGAGUUGCUUCGGAGCCUCAAGAGCCAGCUGGCGUUGUCGAUGGAUGCGCGCCUUCCUCCCAUGAGUCUCUCCGAUGACGACGACGAAGAUGAUGAUUCUUUUGAAACGCUUCGUGCUAUUCGUAGACGGUUAUCUGCUUAUGCGAAUCUUGAUCCAGAUGGAGCUUUUAUGAAUGAUUCUCUCGGGAAGAAAAAGCAGGUACAUGCCUCGGACAAUGAACCUUCAAGAGAAAUAUUGAGUAGGUCUAAUACUUGUGAAAGCUUUCCAGAUCAGGGGGGAAAAGUUGUCACUUUGCCUGAUUCAAUACAAGCGGGUGUUUCUGUUGAUUUACAUGAGAACAAUGCCACUGCACCUCUUGACCAAUCUUCAAGUUUCCCUGAAGCUGCACAAGCCUUUGUUGAGGCAAUCCGGAGGAACAGGGCGUAUCAGAAGUUUCUUAGAAAGAAACUGACUGAAAUUGAAGCCAAGAUCGAGCAGAACGAGAAGCACCAGAAGAACGUUAAGAUAGUAGUAGACUUUCAAGCCUCUUGCAAGAGAAUAACUAAACAGACGCUUUCUCAGGGGAGAGAUCCUCGUCUCCAGUUAAUCUCAACACCAAAAUGUGGACCUCGUGAUAGCUCAGAGGAUAAUGAUAAAAAGAUAUCUCCUUUGACGUUUGGUCCACCGGAAAAUAGCCGUGUUGAAAAUUAUAGGAUGGCAGUAAAGAACUAUCCAGUUUCAGUGAAUCGCAGAAGUUGGUCUACUGAGGAGAAUGAAAAUCUUGCAAAAGGUCUAAAACAACAACUUCAGGAAACACUGCUUAAUGAAGCUAUAGAACGUUCCAGUGACUUGGAAGGCUCUACAGAUGAUAUAGACGCCAUUAAUGAAUCGAUCAAAAAUCUUGAGAUCACACCAGAGAUGAUUCGGCAGUUUCUUCCGAAAGUUAAUUGGGAUCAGUUGGCCUCAAUGUACUUCAAGGACCGUUCUGCUGCAGAAUGUGAAGCUCGGUGGAUAAGCUCGGAAGAUCCAUUAAUCAACCACGGUCCGUGGACUGCGGAGGAAGAAAAUAACCUGCGCCUGAUUAUCCAAGAAAAGGAGUUUACAGACUGGCUUGACAUUGCUGUGUCACUAGGGACAAAUAGGACCCCGUUUCAAUGUCUGGCUCGAUAUCAGAGAAGCUUGAAUGCAGACAUACUAAGAAAAGAAUGGACUGCAGAGGAAGAUGACCAACUCCGCGCUGCAGUGGAGUUGUAUGGUGAAAAAGACUGGCAGACUGUCGCAAAUGCAUUAGAAGGCCGAGCUGGAACUCAGUGCUCUAAUAGAUGGAAAAAGACGCUCCAUCCUACCAGAACGAGGGUAGGGAAAUUUAGCUCAGAGGAAGAAAAACGCUUGAAAGUAGCUGUGACACUCUUUGGAGCUCAAAACUGGCAUAAAAUUGCUCGCUUUGUUCCUGGACGAACCUCUACUCAGUGUCGAGAGAAAUGGGCGAAUUGUUUAGAUCCCAAUGUAAAUCAUGGGAAGUGGAGCAAGGAAGAAGAUGCAAAGUUGAGAGAAGCAAUGGCAGAACAUGAGAUUGGUAAUUGGUCCAAAAUCGCUUCACAUGUGCCUCGUCGUACUGAUAAUCAAUGCCGGAGGAGGUGGAUGCAGCUAUAUCCACACCAAGUGCCUCUUUUACAAGAAGCUACAAGGUUACGCAAAGAAGCUAUUGUAGGUAACUUUGUUGAUCGGGAGUCACAACGUCCUGCUCUUCUCGAAUGCAAGUUUCUUGCACUACCUGAGAUACCUCUUGAGCCAGAACCCGAAAUUGUAGUCGUGAAGAAGAAACGCAAAGCAAGACCGAAGAAAGCAGAUGCAGAAUGCGAGAGUGAAGAAUCUUCUGCUGCUAAAGAGAGGCGGCCAAAGAGAAGGAGAAAAGGAUUAGAGAGAUGCUCAGGAGAUGUAUGUAGACAAGAGAAUGAGACUGUCUGUGAAAAUAUCGAGAAUCUAGACAAUGGAGGAGAGGUUAGGUCUUUGGAAUGGUAUAAAGAGAAUCAAGACAAUGUAAAGGAGAAGAAACAAAGACGAAGACGCAAAAGUGUUGCAGAAACAUCCAACAACAGCACAGUGACCACCGACUGCUCUCAAGUCAAAGUUGGUGUCAAGAAGCUUACGCCUCGAAGGAAAGUGUCUGCAGUAGUUCCUGUCGAGAACCAAGAUGCACCAAACUAGUUUUCUUUGUUGCUCUUGAAAAUUUUGUCUGUAUAAUAAA